AGACGAUAACCGCAACACGAGUGUUCCCGCUCCCAUCGGGGUGCCCGGGGAGGACUCGACUGCCGUUACCUAGAAACGCGGGGUCGAUAUCCGCACGCAUUCUGCGAAGUGGUAACAGUCGCUGCGACCUAACCAUGCGGUUCAAGACCUCGCUCCCCAAAGAAGCCAAGCAUCGUGAUUUUGUGACGUGUGUGGCAUGGACGAGCAUCGACGAAGUCUUCUCGAGCGGCGACGACCACCAGAUCCUGCACUGGAACUUGGUGACGAACGAGACGAAGAAGCUCGCGGACCUCCCGAAUGACCUGUACCCGACGGAGCUGGACGUGCUGCCCCGCGCCGCAUCCAAGAAGCAGGGGCCGGACCUCUUCCUCCUCACGAGCAGCGAGGGGAAGUUCUACUUGGUGAGCUCGAACGGGAGGAUCGAGAAGGGAGUGGAGGCGCACAAGGGGGCCGUGCUAUCGGGGAAAUGGAGCCUCGACGGAGCCGGCAUCGUCACCGGAGGAGAAGACGGACUGGUGAAGAUCUGGUCCCGAUCGGGGAUGCUUCGGUCGACCCUGGCCCAGAGCCCCAACCCGGUCUACUGCGUCUGCUGGAGCCCCGAGUCCGACGCGGUCCUCUACGCGAGCGGCCAGCACAUCGUCCUCAAGCCACUCGCCCCCAAUUCGAAGGCCAUGGAGUGGAAGGCACACGAUGAGCUGAUCCUGAAGUUGGCCUGGAGUGCCUUGAACGGCCUGAUCUUGUCGGGAGCGGAGGACUGCCGAUAUCGACUGUGGGACGUGUACGGCCGACUUCUGUACAACAGCCCCAGUCACGAUUAUCCCAUCACGUCCCUGGCGUGGUCGCCCGACGGUGAACUCUUUGCGGUUGGGUCCUUCAACACCCUUCGCCUUUGCGACAAAUCCGGCUGGUCAUAUUCAUUGGAGAAACCACCGACAGGGAGUAUAUUUUCCCUGGCCUGGUCGAGCGACGGGACUCAAGUGGCUGGGGCCUGCGGGCAUGGUAAUGUCAUCUUCGCUCACAUCAUAGAAAGGCGGCUAGAAUGGAAGAACUACGAGGCGUCGGUGACGAGCCGUAAGAGCAUCGCCCUCCGCAACGUCACGAACGAAGCUUGGGAGAAGUUGGAUCUCCCCGACCGGAUCGUGAAGCUUGGCCUGAGCUACGGGCACUUGGUGGUCGUCUCCACGAGUCACGUCUACGUCUACUCCACUCGGAACUGGAACACGCCGAUCAUUUUCGACCUGAAGGAGGGCAGCGUCAGGCUCAUCCAACAAGCCUCGAAACAAUUCCUCUUGGUCGAGGGGAGCGGGAUUUACAUCUACGGCUACGAUGGAAAACUCGUUUCGUCGCCAAAGUGGCCUUCCAUGAAGGUGGAUCUCCUCAACUCUCAAAUAAUCUCUCUCUCCAACGACACCGUCGCUGUGCGGGACCGUACCGAUCAACGAGCUGUGCUUGUCUUCGACACGGCGUCGGGAAAAUCUGUGACGGACACUGGAAAGGCCGGGGGUCCUGCCUACGUCCACACGUCCGAGGUCUACGAAAUGUCUCUGGACCAGACCGGGCCAGCCACGGAAAGAAAACUUGCCCUCAUCGACCGGAACCGAGAGCUGUAUCUGGUCGCCAUCCGCCGGCACGGAGGAUCAUCUGUGGCCAUGAAGCUUGGCGUGAUGGUGGGGAGUUUGUACUGGAACGACGGGGCAUCUAUGCUCGCCGCCCUGCAGAACAGCCGCUUGGUCGUUUGGUUCUACCCGAAUGUCAUCUUCGUGGACAAAGAACUCCUCACGCUUGCUACUCAGGAACGCGAAGGAGGAGAAUUUGGGAAGAGUCCCAUUGUGGUGAACUACCUCGGGGACCAGGUGACUGUUCGUCGGUCGGACGGAUCUCUGGUCAGCGUCCCCACCUCCCCCUAUCCCGCAGUUCUGCACGAUUACACCAUGCAACACAAAUGGGGCGAUGCCGUUCGCCUUUGUCGAUUCAUCAAAGAGCCCCUGCUGUGGGCGUGCUUAGCAGGAAUGGCUACCUAUGCCAAGGAGUUGAACACUGCUGAGAUCGCAUACGCCGCCAUCGACAGGGCUGACAAGGUCCUAUAUGUGCAGUAUAUCAAGAAUAUCCCUGUGAAGGAGGUGCGGUCUGCAGAAAUGGCUCUACUGGCUGGAAAAACCCAGGAAGCAGAAAACGUCCUCUUGCAGAACGGUCUUCUCUUCCGAGCCAUUAUGAUGCACAUCCAGCUCUACAAUUGGGACCGGGCCCUGGAGUUGGCUGUGAAGCACAAGACUCACUUGGACACAGUGCUGGCAUUUCGCAAGCGUUACUUGAUGCGAUUCGACCGAGAGGAAACCAACAAACGAUUCAUCCAGUUCGGCCAAGGCGUUCAGCUGGAUUGGCAGAAAAUUUUGCAGCGGGUCGAGACUGAAUACCAAAGGGAGUCCGGUCGAAUUGGUGCUGCUUUGCCCCCCAAAACAAGUUCGAGGAAUACUUCUAAGAAAGCAGUGAAUCCCCCGAGGAAAGAAGUGAGACCUCCUCCAAAUGAUGAGGAGCUCGGUGAUGAUGAAGAAGAUGGAGAGGUGGAUUAGUGUCAUUAUCGUGAUGUGAAAGUCGUUCUGUGAUGUCUCAAGCCAUUCGGUCUCUUGCUUGACAGACCAUUUGAACCUCAUCCCCAAUUUCUUUUUCAAUGUCUAAUCACUUCCAUGCCAAUUGAGAUUCCACAUAAAGGGAGAGUCUUUUGGAUAUUAAAGAAACUGAAGCC